AUGUGUGACGUUGUUUUGGGAUGCCAAUGGGGAGACGAAGGCAAGGGUAAAUUGGUGGACAUUUUGUGUGAGGACAUCGAUGUUUGUGCACGUUGCCAGGGCGGCAACAACGCGGGCCACACGAUUGUGGUGGGCGACGUGAAGUACGAUUUCCACAUGCUUCCCUCCGGAUUGGUGAACCCAAACUGCUUGAACUUGGUGGGCUCCGGCGUGGUGAUCCACGUGCCUUCGUUGUUCGAGGAGUUGGAGAACUUGGAGAAGAAGGGCUUGCACUGCAGAGACCGCUUGUUCAUCUCGUCCAGAGCCCACUUGGUGUUUGACUUCCACCAGAGAACAGACAAAUUGAAGGAGGCCGAGCUUUCGGAGAACAAGAAAUCCAUCGGCACCACGGGCAAGGGCAUUGGCCCCACGUACUCGACGAAAGCGUCCAGAUCCGGGAUCAGAGUGCACCAUUUGGUGUCCGAGGAGCCCGAGUCGUGGGAGGAAUUCAAGCUCAGAUACGAGCGUCUUAUAGAGUCGCGUUACAAGAGAUACGGCGAGUUUGAUUACGACUCCAAGGCCGAGUUGGCGCGGUACGAAAAGUACCGCGAGCUCUUGCGCCCCUUUGUCGUGGACUCGGUCGACUUCAUGCACAAGGCCAUUGCCGAGAACAAGAAGAUUUUGGUUGAGGGUGCCAACGCGUUGAUGUUGGACUUGGACUUCGGCACGUACCCUUACGUGACGUCGUCGGCCACAGGCAUUGGCGGCGUGUUGACCGGCUUGGGUGUCCCGCCCAGAACCGUGAAGAACGUGUACGGUGUGGUCAAGGCCUACACGACUCGAGUCGGCGAGGGGCCAUUUCCCUCUGAGCAGUUGAACGCCAACGGAGAGACGUUACAGACCGUCGGUGCCGAGUACGGCGUCACCACCGGCAGAAAGAGAAGAUGCGGCUGGUUGGACUUGGUGGUGUUGAAGUACUCCAACGCCAUCAACGGCUACACGCACUUGAACAUCACCAAGUUGGACGUGUUGGACUCCUUCAAGGAGAUCCAGGUCGCCGUGGCCUACCACUACAACGGGAAGAAGUUGUCCUCGUUCCCCGAGGACUUGAAUGUGUUGGCCAAGGUGGAGGUGGAGUACGUCACCUUGCCCGGCUGGGAGCAGGACAUCUCGAAGAUCACCGAGUACAGCGCGUUGCCCGAGAACGCCCAGAAGUACUUGGACUACAUCGAGAACUUCUUGUCCGUGCCCGUCAAGUGGGUUGGCGUGGGCCCCGCCCGUGAGUCCAUGUUGGUGAAGCCAUGA